AUGGCAACAAACACCAUCGAGAAAGACGAGGAGCGCGACCAAAUCGCGCAGCAGCUCUCACGUACCUCAUUCCACUGCUCUACGCUCACCCGUCUCUCAGGAGGAACAGCGAACUUCGUAUAUCGAGGGACACUGUCUGGAACCUCAGACUCGAUCAUCGUCAAACACACCAAAGACCAUGUCGCCUCUAAACCGAGCUUGAAGAUUGACAACAAGCGCUGUCACUUCGAAGAAGCUGUCCUCCGCGCCCUGGAAGACCUCCCCCCUUAUAACCAGAAAGGCAUAACUGUGAAAACCCCACGACUUUUGUAUUUCGACCCUCAAACAAACACGCAAAUAUUCGAAGACCUUCCAAACUCCGUCGAUUUAAAAACAUUCAUGCUCUCAGCGAUUUCAAAAGGCGUGUCUAAAUCAACGGCGACAGCCCUCGGUCGCACGCUGGGCGCUUGGCUACGGUCUCUGCACGAGUGGGGAAAUCGAGUGGAGCAAGACGAGACCCGGACGACGCUCAGUCAAAAUGAGUCGAUGAAACAGAUCAAGUUCUGGGCGAAUUAUGCCAUGUUGGUGGAUACUAUUUCGAAUUUUCCUGAGAUUCUGGAAACGAAUCGCGGGGUUCUUGAAGAGGUUCGUGAUUUUGCGAAGGAUGAGCUCUCGAGGGAGGAUGAUAGCGCGGAGUAUGGGAUUAUUCAUGGUGAUUUCUGGACUGGGAACGUCCUCAUCCCCAACGUCCCACUGAAGGACGAGUCUGCCACGACCGUCUUCGUGAUCGACUGGGAAAUGACGCAGAUUGGCAGCCGGGCAAUGGAUCUCGGUCAGAUGAUCGCUGAACUCUAUGAAACUGAACUCUUCGGACGAUCAGAGGCUGGCGUUUGGAUUAUGGACGGAUUUUUGGAGGGGUAUGGUUCGAUGAGUGACGAGAUGGCGUUCCGCACUGCUGUCCAUGUUGGUGUGCAUCUGGUUUGCUGGGGAAGUCGAGUUCCCGGAUGGGGGAGUAAGGAGCAGGUUGAAGAUGUGGUCAAGGUGGGGAGUGAUUUUAUUGUUCAUGGUUGGAAGAAGGAUAGGGAGUGGUUUGAGGGACAGACGUUGAGCUUUCUUUUCAAGAAAUAG